CGCUGGUCUGUCCCUUUUAAGUCACCGCCCACGUUGUGCUCUCCCCCAUAAUAUAAUGAAACCAUAUCAACAGUGAGGAGGAACGGCUCACGCAUCUGGUAUAUAAUGCAUAAUUUCAAAAAAAAAUUAGAAAAGGGACUCAUAGCCAAACUGCGAUAAUUAAGGAGGCUACAUUCGCCAUUUUACUCGGUAGGUUUGGCUCCAAACCUGCAUUGCUUGCGGGACAGGGCGUUCGGAUUUGAGAACCUGCUGGCAAGAGAAGAUGAUACGGAGGACCUUAUUCGUGAGGGUGUAGAAGGCGCAUUGCGAUGAAGAAGCAAAUAUGGGGGAAAAGGAGACAAAACGAGCCGUAGUUGUAAUAAUUAAGGAGAAUGGUGUUGCUAGCGCGCACCUUUAGACACGGUGACAUUUUGCUACAAAAAGGCCGACCUGCCUCCGCAACCCGAAAAUUUCCCACCAACGGUGCUGCCAACCGGAGGAGUGAUGCCGACGCUGUACGUGACUCAAACCCAGGGUACUUCUACACCCCUGCGGUGGACUUGGGCCCCCUAAAGCGGCACCCCGCCCGUUCAUAAAUCCGAGACUGCACAAAACAGAAACGAAUUAAUUCAUCGUGAUAUCAACACCAUAACUGCGGAUAAAGGCUGUGCUCACGUUUAUUUUGUGGGUCCGUUAUCUCGCACCUCUGCGCAAAAGCCUUGGUCUCUGUCUUGAUCUUUGCUUGUUGGACAGUGUCAAUUUGGAGAAGCGGAGUGGACAAUGCUGGCUGUGUCUUCAACCUGUCUUUGCUCCUGGAUGGCAUACUGCACUCAAGACAUGCUUCUGUUUUUACAUUGGCCAGAGAGAGAAUGGCCAGAGCUUUAGGUACAACACACCACAGAGCUUCUUUGGAAGGAUAAGGUCUGCAGCCUCCACGUCAAACACUACUGACACCACCAUCGGAAAGCUAAAGCUGUAGCAAGCUACUAUAGUUAAGUGGCCGAGGUAGACCAUACCUUUGAUGCCUAACCCAACCACUAAGACCAAGGGUUUCCGGUUAUCUGUGCCCCACCAACACCUUGCCAUCUUCCGUCACCCUGCCAAACGUUAAAGUUCCUGCUUUGGUCCCUCCGCAGCCACCAUGCGUCCCUCACUCGCGGUCCUUCCCAGGACCCGUAACCAUCCCCACACGGCCCACCCCCAAAAUGCACACGGAUUGUCUGCACACGUGGGGCGGGAGCACCUGUCGGCACCACGGAGGCGCAGCCCACACCUGCGACACACGCUCAGCCCAGAGAACCUGCGGAGCCUGGCGGAGCGAGGCGGUGCCGCCAGGGACACGGCUUCUGUGGUGAGCAGCCCCAUGGGUCUCCCGAGGGCCAACAGCGACACAGACCUGGUGACGUCGCAGAGCCGCUCGUCGCUGACUGCGUCCACACUGGAGUUCACGCUGGGGAGGGGCCAGAACCUGGUCAUCUCCUGGGACAUCAAGGAGGAGGUGGACGCCACCGACUGGAUCGGCCUGUAUCACAUCGAUGAAAUCAGCCCAUCCAAUGUGUGGGACUGUAAGAACCGUGGGGUGAAUGGGACACAGAGGGGCCAGAUCGUCUGGAGGCUGGAGCCCGGGCCUUACUUCAUGGACGCUGAGACCAAGAUCUGCUUCAAGUACUACCACGGCGUCAGUGGAGCCCUGAGAGCAACUACCCCCUGCAUCACUGUGAAGAACCCCGGAGUCCUGGGAGAAGGUCAAAGUGAGGGGCAGUCAUCCACAGAUCAUCCUCGCAAACUAGUCAGCUUUACUUUGACAGAUAUGCAUGCGGUGGGGCUGAAGAAGGGAAUGUUCUUCAACCCGGAUCCCUACCUGAAGAUGUCCAUCCACCCCGGGAAGAGGAGCGGCUUCCCCACCUUCAGCCACCACGGACAGGAGAGACGCUCCGCCAUCAUCGCCAACACCACCAACCCUAAGUGGCGCGGCGAGAAAUACACUUUUGUAGCACUGAUGACAGACAUUCUGAACAUCGAGGUGAAGGACAAGUUUGCCAAAAGUCGACCAAUCAUCAAACGCUUCCUUGGUCAGCUGACCAUUCCUGUGCAGAGGCUGAUUGAGAAAAUACCUGGUCUCCAGCCUCUGAGCUUCUCUCUGUGUCGACGGUUGCCCACUGAGCACGUGAGUGGUCAGAUGCAGUUCAGGGUGGAGCUCACAUCCACUGGACCUGACGGGGCCUCUCCAGACUCUAUCAUCGGUGUGCCCAAUAACGGGGCCCCUGGGACUCCGUCAGAUGACGAGGAUCUUCCCCACCUACUCCCGGGGGUGGUCACUGGAGGCCCCUCCCCUACUGGCUCCCUGGGCUCACAGAGGUCCUGGGAAGGCGGGGCCACAGCCUAUCCAGUCCCAGACUACAGGGACUUUAGCGGUACAGAGGGCAGAACCACAGAGGGUGAAUCCUACUCUGGCCCUCUACGGUUGCAGAGGUCCCUGAGCGAAGGCCUGGACGCCAUCGAGGCCCCCAAGGGCCCCGGAGAGAGGCCCUUGGGCGCCGCCUCACCGAAGCUGCGCUCUAGCUUUCCCACUCACACACGUCUCAGUGCCAUGCUGCACAUUGACUCAGACGAAGAUGAGGAGCGCUCGGGGCCCACUGAAAUUUACCCGGUGCCCGGGUCCCCCCUGCUGCUCAACGGGGGUCCCGAGGGGCCUGAAGAAGACGUUGUCCCAGAGCUACAGCAGGAUCCUGACCCUGAGCAGCUGGAACCCAGGGUGGCGGGAGAUGAACAGCUGGUGGUAACGGGGGAAGAUUGUGCCCCUGGUGGUGAAUCCAAUGUGGCCCCUGAGUUAGACCUGGGCCUCGACUUCGAGGACUCCUCAGAGCCUGAUGUUUUCUCGGAGGUGGAGGAAGUUCCUUUCUUAUCAGAGGCGCUGUCCCAGAGUCUUUUGGCUGUGGGCCUGGAGGGGCCAGAGGAGGGCCAGGGGUCCGCUGACAACGCCUCGUCGCCAAUUGACACCUGCUCCAUGGCAAUUGCCCCACUGACAGUCUUCUCUUCCUCAGAGAGUUGCCCAAUCACAAUGUCCACGGCUGAGGAGGCAGAGGAGAGGGCAGUAGCUGCCAUUGACCCAGGGGGACACUCCUUCACUGACACUCCACCCACCCACCAGCAUGUAGACGACGAGGGGGACGGGCAUACAUCAGCCAAUGAGGUUGAAGGAGACGCUCCGUCUGCCAAUGAGCUGGAGCCAGGGGAGGAGAUUAGUGAGCGGAUGUGGAGCUUUCAAGUAUCUGGGGAUGUUCCCCAGGAUGAGGAGGGGGAGGAGCCAAGACCCGCAGGGGUGGCGGUAUCCAUUGAUUCAGAUGCAGUUGCCAUGGAGACAGAUGGAGAGGACGGUGCUCAAGUGAACGGUCACCCCGUGCACUGCCUCCCCUCAGUGCGCCAUGACAUUCACCGAUACCAACGAGUGGACGAACCGUUACCUCCUAACUGGGAGGCAAGGAUCGAUAGUCACGGUCGUAUUUUCUUUGUCGAUCACGUGAACCGGACCACCACGUGGCAGCGCCCCACCGGACCCCCCGCUCCCCAGGGCCUGACCCGCUCCAGCUCCAUCCAACAGAUGGAGCAGCUCAACCGCAGAUAUCAGAGCAUCAGGAGGACGAUGACCAGUGAGAGGUCUGAGGAGAACACAGUUGACCUCCCGCCAGAGCCCACAGAGAGUGACUUUCUUCCCCAGACCAUCCCUGAGUACAGGAGAGAGAGCGCAGUGGGUCACUCCAGCUCUCGGUCGCGUCUUUCUCUGCUGCUCCAGUCUCCAAGUGCAAAGUUCCUGUGCAGCCCAGACUUCUUCACCGUGCUGCAUUCUAACCCUGGUGCCUACAGCAUGUUUACGAGCAACACCUGCCUGAAGCACAUGAUCAGUAAGGUGCGUCGGGACGCCCACCACUAUGAGCGUUACCAGCACAACCGGGACCUGGUGGCCUUCCUCAACAUGUUCACCAACAACCAGCUGGAGCUACCCAGGGGUUGGGAGAUGAAGCAUGACCAGACCGGCAAGCCCUUCUUUGUGGAUCACAACUGUCGCUCCACAACCUUCAUCGACCCGCGGCUCCCCCUCCAGAGUGCACACUCAACUAGCCUGCUGGCCCACCGACAGCACCUUAGCCGCCAACGCAGCCACAGCGCAGGCGAGGUGGUCGAUGACACGCGACACUCCAGCCCACCUGUCAUGCCCUGCCCCUCCAGCACCUUCAGUGGGUCCACUCGCAAUCAGGACCUGGUGCCUGUGGCCUACAACGACAAGAUUGUGGCGUUUCUACGGCAACCCAACAUCAUUGAGAUCCUGCAGGAGAGGCAGCCAGAGCUCGUCCGGAACCACUCACUCAAGGAAAGGUUACAGUUCAUUCGCAGCGAGGGCGUUUCCGGGCUUGCUCGUCUCUCUAGCGAUGCUGAUCUAGUCAUAUUGCUCAGCCUGUUUGAAGAGGAGGUUAUGUCCUAUGUGCCACCUCAUGCCUUACUGCACCCCAGCUACUGCUCCUCCCCUCAGAGCUCCCCCGGUACUCAGCGAGCUAAUGCACGCGCCCCUGCCCCUUACAAACGUGACUUUGAGGCCAAACUGAGAAACUUCUAUCGCAAGCUGGAGACGAAAGGCUAUGGCCAGGGACCUGGGAAAGUCAAGUUGAUCAUUCGUAGAGAUCACCUAUUGGAGGAUGCCUUCAAUCAGAUAAUGUGCUACUCCCGCAAAGACCUGCAGAGGAGUAAGCUCUACGUCAGCUUUGUGGGCGAGGAAGGGCUGGACUACAGCGGCCCCUCGAGGGAGUUCUUCUUCCUGGUGUCGAGGGAGCUGUUUAACCCUUACUACGGCCUGUUUGAGUACUCCGCCAACGACACCUACACUGUGCAGAUCAGCCCCAUGUCUGCCUUCGUGGACAACCAUCACGAGUGGUUUCGUUUCAGUGGGCGUAUCCUGGGCCUGGCUCUGAUCCACCAGUAUCUGCUGGAUGCCUUCUUUACCCGCCCCUUCUACAAGGGCCUGCUGCGCAUCCCGUGUGACCUGAGUGACCUGGAGUUCCUGGAUGAGGAGUUUCACCAGAGUUUACAGUGGAUGAAGGACAAUGACAUCGAGGACAUGCUGGACCUCACCUUUACCGUCAACGAGGAGGUCUUUGGACAGAUCACAGAGAGAGAGCUGAAGCCAGGCGGGGCAGGUAUUCCAGUGUCAGAGAAGAAUAAGAAGGAGUACAUCGAGCGUAUGGUUAAGUGGCGCAUCGAAAGGGGUGUGGCUCAGCAGACGGAGAGCCUGGUGCGAGGCUUCUAUGAGGUGGUGGACGUGCGGCUGGUUUCUGUGUUUGAUGCCCGGGAGCUGGAGCUGGUGAUCGCUGGCACUGCAGAGAUCGACCUGGCGGACUGGAGGAACAACACAGAGUACAGAGGAGGGUACCAUGACAACCACAUAGUAAUCCGCUGGUUCUGGGCGGCAGUGGAGAGGUUCAACAAUGAGCAGAAAUUGAGACUGCUGCAGUUUGUGACAGGCACCUCCAGUAUUCCCUAUGAGGGCUUUGCCUCCCUCAGAGGUAGCAAUGGACCACGCAGGUUCUGUGUGGAGAAGUGGGGCAAAAUCACCUCCUUGCCCAGGGCCCACACAUGCUUUAACCGUCUGGACCUCCCGCCGUACCCGUCGUUCUCCAUGCUCUACGAGAAAAUGCUGACGGCCGUGGAGGAAACCAGCACCUUUGGCCUGGAGUAACCUCUCCAAAAUGUCCGCCACAGCCAGGGGUUGAAUUGGGAAAGAACAAAUGGCGGAGAGGAAAUCCCACCACCUUAGCUUGAAGCGAGACAGGACUCGCAGUACACAAUGGAAACUGAAUAGACAUCUACAAGAAAUUAUCAUUGUGGAGAAAAAACGAACUUUUGGGACAAUUCCACCAAUAAGACAACCCCAAUUUGACCCCCUGGCUUUGCUAUACCUCCCUGCUCCAUGAUCCCAUACUUCCUGGAAUAACGUUACUGUCCUUUUACCUACACUGAUGCCCUCCAUUCGAUUCCUGCGUACAACAACCACACUUGUGCUUUAUCUCUUAUCAGUUUAAUGGCCUUGGUUACUGUAUCUCCAGUCCUCCUUCUUCCUCCAGGGGUUCAGCCUGCACUUCAAGCCCAGAGCAACCUUAUCCUAAUCCCCUAUGCUUCCUCCUGGAGUGACCUCGUGUUCUGGACCUCAGAACUGUUUCAUUUUCUACUCUGGGGCUGCAGACUAUGCACACUAUAAUACAUGACGCACACACUUUCAAGAUGACCCUCAUGAGUAAGACCGUUACAAUUUAAUCCCUUCAGAAAUGAUAUGUCAGAGCUCCUAAGGGGCACCAAAGGCAUUGUCACACUCCAAAACACACUGCACUUACCUUAUGUUAGACUACAUGAGCAAGGCUUUAAAACUGACACACACUUACUUACUUAUACAAAUUAAAUUAUAGGGUCACUCUUUUUCCAAAUAGAUGAGAUGCACUUUCUCAUAGAUGCAUGUAGCGCCACAUGCAUGUACACACACACACACAGAAAUACAUACACACUGAGACAUUGCCAAACAAAAGGCUGUAUUUCUCACUGAUGUAAUUGUCUCCCAUUCGGUGUACUUACUGAUGAAUGUAUCACAGAAGAGUGAACCUGUGUAUGAACCUGUAUGAACCUCCAGCUUGCCGUAGUAGGAAGACUGAGGAGCCUUCAAAGAAGAAGAAACACCCGAGCCGCACGAAGUGUAGCUCAUACAAUUGCUGACUGUGGUCGAUUGAGGAAUAUGGAAGCCGAGACUGUGGCAUCGGACACGUGCCUUGUUAUGAGAGAUACGAGAGACACUUUUACUCAUUGUUUCACGAAGGGUUGCGUCCAUUUCCUAUUGGGUCACGACUGAAAACUCAGUUGUAACGAGAGACUUUGUAUUGUUGAUUUGGUUGUUCAAAAUGACAUUCAAAAGGUUUAUCUGUGUCACACACAAAAAAAACAGCCACAACUUUUAAAGCUAGAAUCCUUAGUUGCUUCCUACAUUCAUUUUUGGAUGUAGAAAUUAAUUAUAUAUACCCAUUGAUUCAAGAAGAAUAUAACUUAUAAAUGCAUCAUGAACUUAGUUCAACAGUUGUACCCCAUCAGAACCCCAAAUAUAAACUUGGUUUACUCCAAUGAUUGUAAACCAUGUAAAUGUAAACAUACUGUGUAGCCUCAAAACAUGGUUAAAACUGUAAUUUUUAUUUCAUGGAUGGUCAGUCCUUGCAUCCAUAGUUCUGUCUAUGAAUUUGAGAGGGGUUACAUUUCUCCAGGCCCACCCCUCAGCUUUCUACCAAAACAGAGGCGGGGUGGCACUUUGUUAUUCUUUCAAUUAAGGAUUCUAGCUUUAAGUGUAUUCCAAAACAGUUCCAGGAUGCAAACACAAGAGGGCAGCACAUUAUAUAUGGAUACUUCAGUAGUGUCGACACAGCUAUAGAAGCAUCUUUAAGCACGGGGCAUACACUACACACCAACACAGAUGCUUACGAUUUCUUGAGCAUGUUUUCAUCCUGGGUUUGGACUUCUCAGUGCAUAACCCCUACCCAAAGGAUUUAUUUACACACACACACACAUUUUCUAUGGGGUGCACACACUACUGUACAGAGGUCUAUGUGAGCUAAACAGACAACUCUGGCUGGAGUAGAUAGUAAUAGAAGCUCCACUGUGAUGCACUGUGGAGGCAGCCUUCAUAUCUCAGCCUGGCUCGAUACUGCAUGCAGGGUCCAUCUCAACAACUCUGUGAGCUGCACUGAGUCCGGAAACCCCUAGAUGGCGUUGUGUUAUAGCUCGAUAUUUGCAUGCCGAAAUAGUGCAACACCAGUUUGUUCUUAUUAGAUUUUGCAUGAGGAUAUCGCUAUCGAUGUGGAGAAAAGGGCGGGAGGAGCCACAUAGUACUUUAGGGUAUGUUGCUAUAAUGUGUUCGUAGCACUGUUAUAAAUGCGUCCAAAGACAUGACAAGGGAUACAUCAAAUAUAUCUCUAUGUUUUGUGUCCCCAUUGUGUAUGGGUUCACGAACUAUGAAAUGUUAUAACAAGCAUUGUUGUUUAUAUGACAGGUUAUGACGAGUGUUACUGAAGAACUGUGCCAGCACGCUUGAAGGGAAUUUGUUUUGUUACAUUCAAGUGUUCACUUGUCGUGAUGAUAUAUCAGAUGGAGGUUAAGGGUCAUGGUUCAUGGCUACACGGAGAACCAAUAGGGCUGUAAUGACUGACGAAGAGGAAGUGAGAGCACCUGUCUGUGUACCAUGCGUGCUCUUUUCUUUGUGUAUACUUGUACAUGUACUGUAUGUCUGUCCCUGUUGUGUAUACAUGUACAGUACCGUUCAAAAGAUUGGACACACCUAGUCAUUCCAGGGUUUUUCUUUAUUUUUUACUAUUUUCUACAAUGUAGAAUAAUAGUGAAGACAUCAAAACUAUGAAAUAACACAUAUGGAAUCAUGUAGUAACCGAAAAAGUGUUCAACAAAUCAAAAUAUAUUUUACAUUUGAGGUUCUUCAAAGUAGCCACCCUUUGCCUUGAUGACAGUUUUGCACACUCUUGGCAUUCUCUUUGUUUAACACUUUUUUGGUUACUACAUGAUUCCAUAUGUGUUAUUUAAAUGUGGAUGUUUUCACUAUUAUUCUACAAUGUAGAAAAUAGUAAUAAUAAAGAAAAACCCUUUAAUGAGUAGGUGUUGACUGGUACUGUUUAUUUUGCACCGAAUGUACUAAUGGUUUGGGGCUUGCAUAGUCAACCAUGUCUCCCUAUUUCUGUUUAACGGAAUGACCCCAGUCUCGAACGUCCACACAUCCCCCACAUCACCUCGAGCUUGGAGGGGCGGCUUUGUGGCAUUGGGCAGUAACCUUUCACAACGGGGUUCAAAUAAUUUCUGCCAAUCAAGACAUUUUCCAUGCCAAGGCUUUUUCUUCUGCUGCGAAUGUCCAAUAAGAAUAAAGUCAGUCUGCUUCUCGCCCAAUAAGGACAAAACUCACCGCCACCACCACUAUCCCUUGCCUGAUCAAUUACCAAUAGGAUUGGACAUCCCACUGUCAGAACUCCACUCUAUGCAAAAGCUCCUGUAUUUCUCCUUUUCACCCCAAUGAUUGUAUUAAAAGACAAUGGCACAGGGCAAGUUUUAAUUAGCAAUACAUGGAUGUGUGUUUUCUUUGUGUAUUGUUUUUUAGGUGAAGAAGGGGCUCAGCCAGUAGGGCACAACCGUUAGAGAGCAGCAUAUAGAGAUCUACAUUAUACCAUGGAAAUGGUUUUCUAUUCUAUGAGAUGAAGAAUAUCUCUCCUUCUAUCCUAUAUAUUUAUUUUUGCAGAAAGAAAGAAACACACAUUUUAUUUUAACUCUGCAUUCCAUAACAAAGUAUUUUGGAAAAUAUCAAAAUACCGAGGCCCAGCUAAACAAUUGAAUUGCCCCAUUUAUUUUUCAUUUUUUCCCUGAUCUGAUUGUAUUUAUAGUUUACAGCUUUUUGUACAAUACAUGUGUGAAUGACCCUGUCGUUGUGAGAUACUAGGUUCACAUCGAUGAUGCCGUCCGUUUGAAGAAGCCCCUCAUCGUAAGUAUGGUGUUUGAGAAGCCACUCGCUGCAAGUAUGGCUAACCGCAUGCAGUAUGUGGAGUGUGUCUGAAAGUGGGCAUGUCAACAGAAGUGGGAGGAACGACAGCGAUAGGCGUUACACCAGUGCUCUGUAAUUGGUUAGACGGUUUUGAUUGAGUGUGUUGUUUUUUGUUUCUUAACACAUUUUUAUUGGUCGGUUCCUGACCGUGUCAAACAAGACUGGGAGAGCUACAAGGCACUAUUCUUGAUAGAGAAUCAUACUGUGCCAUUUGAAUGUUAACAAAACACACAACAAACACCUCACGUAUAGCGAAAAUAUGAAAAUAAAAGUAAUUUUGAUGUCA